AUGAGACCGUCAUUGUCCCUGAGGCUGGCGUUGGCGAGCGCCCUGUUCGCAAACGGCGUCAUAGGCUUUCAAUACCCCGAUUGUGCCAAUGGACCGCUCGCAGACAAUACAGUAUGCGAUCCAAAGGCAACCCCUCCUGAGCGGGCGGCCGCUCUCGUCAAGGCCCUAAACAUCGAGGAGAAGCUCCAAAAUCUCGUCGAUAUGAGCAAAGGUGCCGAGCGACUUGGAUUGCCUGCAUAUGCCUGGUGGAGCGAGGCUCUCCAUGGCGUUGCGGCGUCCCCGGGAGUGCGAUUCAACCGGACUGCUGGAGGUCGUUUUUCGUCUGCCACCUCAUUUGCGAACUCCAUCACGCUCUCUGCGGCUUUCGACGAUGAACUUGUGUACAAGGUAGCGGAUACCAUCAGCACCGAGGCUCGCGCUUUUGCCAAUGCCGGGCUUGCUGGCCUGGAUUACUGGACACCGAACAUCAACCCCUACAAGGAUCCCCGAUGGGGAAGAGGCCACGAGACACCGGGCGAGGAUCCAGUCCGAAUCAAGGGGUAUGUCAAGGCACUCCUGGCAGGCCUCGAAGGCGAUGAUCCCUCCAUCAGGAAGGUGGUUGCUACCUGCAAGCACUAUGCGGCGUACGACUUGGAGAGGUGGCAGGGAACCACGAGACACAGGUUUGACGCUGUAGUUUCCCUACAGGAUCUCUCCGAAUACUACCUGCCGCCGUUCCAGCAGUGUGCUCGCGAUUCCAAGGUUGGCUCAUUCAUGUGCUCGUAUAAUGCACUCAACGGCACCCCCGCUUGUGCGAGCACAUAUCUCAUGGACGACAUCUUGCGGAAGCACUGGGGCUGGACGGAGCACAACAACUACAUCACCAGCGAUUGUAACGCUAUUCAGGACUUCCUCCCCGGCCCCAAGUGGCACAACUUUAGCUCGACCCAAACAGAGGCUGAAGCAGCAGCAGUUGCUUAUCAAGCCGGUACCGACACAGUUUGCGAGGUCCCAGGCUGGCCCCCGUACACAGAUGUCAUCGGAGCCUACAACCAGACCCUGCUCUCUGAGGAGGUCAUCGACACAGCCCUGAAGCGGUUAUACGAGGGACUUGUCCGCGUUGGGUAUUUCGACCCAGCGAGUGGCAGCCCCUAUCGGUCAAUUGGAUGGGAGGAUGUCAACACCCCUGAGGCCCAAGAGCUGGCAUUGCAGUCUGGGACGGAUGGUCUAGUGCUCCUUAAGAACGACGGCACCCUACCCCUGAACCUCGAAGACAAGACGGUAGCACUCAUUGGAUUCUGGGCAAACAGCACCAACGGCGGCCGGAUACUCGGCGGAUACAGCGGGUUUCCACCCUACAUCCACAGCCCCGUCGACGCCGCCGAAAAGCUGAACUUGACCUACCACUAUGCCUCGGGCCCUCUCGCAGAGAACAUCACCCAAGCCGCUAUUGACGACUGGGUCGCCAAGGCCCUGGAGCCUGCCAAAAAGUCCAAUGUCAUCCUCUACUUCGGCGGCACCGACACCAGCAUCGCCGCUGAGGAUCUCGACCGUGAUUCAAUUGCCUGGCCCGAGAUCCAGCUCGCCGUCAUCGAAGCGCUCUCCGCCCUUCGGCAAGCCCCUGCCGAAGGAGAGGUUUGGGAGGGAGUGAGGUUGAGGUUGCGGGCUUAG